AUGUUUUAAGAAAUGAUUUACAUCAAUCUAAUAUGUUUUAUUCUUUUAAAUAUUAGGUAUUACAUACUUGUCAAUUGGACUGAUAACUGUGCUACUUAAAUCAAAGCUCAAGAAAUAACCAGUACUAUAAUUGCCAUAAUUAGAAAUUUUUUGUUCAUUCUCACUUUCAGAUUUUACACUUUAAAGAUUGAAUUCAAAAGAAAUGACACAAUACGUUAAACUUUAAUAGAGAUAAAUUAAAUAAUAAAACUAAUUGUAAAGAUCUUGUUUAAUUAGAAAUCAAAAUCAAUUUUAAUAUUGUUAAAAUAUAAAUAGCAGCUCUAUUUAGCAGAUGGGACCUAGUUUGUGUACUUAAUUGACAAGUAUAAACAAAGUAUUAGAGAUUAUAAAGAAAAUGUAUAACUAUGGACUAAUAGCUAGUUUUGGCAUUGA